AUGCUCGAACGAAAGAUGCAUGGUGUGGUUGAUUUAGGAGGCGCGUCGACUCAAGUUGCUGUGCCGGAGAGAGUAGCUGUAGGCGAGAAAUUGAAGCAGAGUGAUAUUUUCGUCCGAAGUUUCCUCGGAUACGGAAUGAAGGAGUUCUACACGCAUGCACCGGCAACUGUGAAAGUUAUGUUUAUUGUUGAUAAGGAUAUUUUUGGCUUUUGGACCACGAGGACACUAUCAAUUUGUAUUUGAUAUUAAUUGUACUGGAAUUUAUAAGAAGGAAUAGGGGUGCUACAACUAGUAUGAUGUUGACGGCGAUGUUGAAAUCUCUAAUCCAAAGCAUUGUAAAUUUGGUGGGAAAGCCAGCGAUUGUCAAGACAGCAUCUGGAGUGUCUUUCAAAGCCGGAUCGUCGAUGGAAAGUCGUAUGUGCAGGACAAGUUGUCUUAUUUUGGUACUGAUCGAUUUCUAAUAUGGAGAUGAGGUAGAAGAUCAUGCACUAGAAGCAGCUACUCCAUUGAUUAUAUCACGACGGGGCGAUUGAUGAUGUUUCUAGCGUGUUUAUUGAAACUUGAACUUGAAAGAAUUCCCCUUCCACUUCUAAACAUCAUCGUGAAAUUAGUGGGUCACACACCUCCCUUCCUCCCCUCUUGAGGUAAAGACGAUUUGCAGACGAUACAGCAAGGAGACGGGCACACAGACUCGGUUUAUUCCAUAUCGGCAUACUAUUUUGUGUCCCAGCUUCUGCGCUCCUUCAAAUUGUUAAAGGCUCCGCCAUCGCAAAAAAUAAGCAUCGCGGAUUAUAAUACUGCGACUGAAGGUACUAUUUUUAUGUAGUGACUCACUAGUAGCUGCAGCUACUUCUGCGUUUUACAACGAACAAGAAGUUUGAGUUUCAAAAUACCUGUACUACACUAUACGUAGAAACGAAGCUUGAUUGACUUUGCUUCUCACAGCGACCUCGCAUAAUCCACCCCCGUUUCUACAGCUCUAUGCGCGAUGUCUUUAACGGAUGUGACCAAGGAGUAUGACAAAGAAGAAACCCACGUUUCUGGCAAACAUACGACUCCAGAACAACUUUCUGACCGAUGUUUCGAUGCGUGCUACGUUGUCGUUCUGCUCUCGAAGUUGUAUAAGUGGUCAACAACGGCACCUAAAUUCCACUUCACGGACAAUGUGCAUGGAAACAGCGUCGAUUGGCCGCUCGGAGCAUACGUCAGCCUGAUCACUGGAGGAAUGGGUGGACAGCAACAAUUCUCGAAACCGGCGACAGGAACAUCAGGACAGUCAACUAGCACAUCAGGUUCCGCAGCUACGACAUCGUCAGAUGAAGCUGCUGCUGCGUCGUCUACAGCGAUCACUACAGGAGGCAGAACAGGAAGGGGUGCGGUACUGCCAGUGCGACCAGAGUCCUCACCGGGAGUGGUGCGAACUAGACCUGCGCCGAUCGUUUUGCCUCCGUCUGGGAUAAUUAGUUAUGUUCGUUGAUCGGUGCGCCUUGGCAAGAGUGUCUAUUCAGUCUUCCGUCGAUGGGUGUCAUACAUAUGUUCAGUAUAAUAAGGUGGUGUUAAUAAAUCUAUUGGUAUAAGAUUUCUUGGUGUGAAGCAGAAACAUCGUUUGAAACACAAACAGCGUUGUAAACGGAUCUCAAUCUCUAAUCCCAAGGCCAAAGCACUUCCUCCAGCGAAAAGGCCACCGAAGCAACCACGUCGAGUUAUUGGCUCCGUAACCUAUUUGCUGCUGCACUAGCGAGUGGGCUUUUGUACUUCCUGUAUAGGAAAUUACGGCGCAACGUUUCUGGGGAUGGACAUGCGCAACCACUCACACGGUACGAUCUCGAGCAUGGUCCUGAUGACGAGUUUGGUAUGCUCAAUGACAAGGAGCUACCAACGUUGCCACCAGAGCGCUCAGUACCUGGAAGAGUUUACUGAAUCAAAUGGUCCAUACUAUUAGGCAAGAUGAUGAACUGUAUGUCAUGAUCUAUUAAAAGGACAAAAAGUAAUAUGACAGAACGAGAUGAUGAAAAGGGAUGACGCAUGUGGCGACAUUUCGCCUACUACAACUUCGAACUCGUGUAUGUCAUGAAACUUCUAUUGAUUUUUUUCUAGACCCUUAUGUCAUGAAUAUAUUGUUGCAAUCGCAGUAUGCGUAUGUCAUGCUCGAUUUUGAAGGUUUUGUUGUCAAUGCGCAUAUGAAAACAUGAAUGCAAUUUUUGAAAGAAAAACGCGCAGGGAGGAAUAC